AUGUGUGCCGCAAGCGCCAUUUGGUUGUCCCUCGAGGACGACCACCCCAUCCUAGGCAAUCUUGUUUCCGAUCUCGUCUUGUCCAAUCUUGCUGAUCACCGGAUCAACUUCUGCGCCAUUCCUCGUGAGCGCCUUGCUCUAUUUUACGUGCGUCCGCGGGCGCACUUCAGGAUGGCACCCGCUAGCGGUAACAUCGUGGACAAGGAAGCAUAUCAGCUGAUAGAAGAAGUCUGCCAACAUGGUCGACACACCGUAGCGGUCGGCAUGGCCACAAUGACAUGCAUCAACUACUUUGACCUGGCUGUGAAGGUGCCGAAUGCGCAGGGUGCUAAAGCGCGCGCAUUGGCGCUCAAGACCGACAACGUGACCUUGCUCGAUGAGUUUACGACAAGCGACAAAUAA